AUGAAGGGACUUGGAUCCUACUCCUACCUUGGCUGAAGCCUGUUAUUCGACAGAGGGCUUUUGAUAUGCUCCCUGAGCAGCAUUACAGUGUUGACAGCACAUGAGCAUAUUAGUGCAGGUGGAGAGGCCAUGAAUGAAAACAAAUUUCUGAACACAGACUCCAGCACAGGAUCAGUGGAAACAACUGUCAAGCCGUUACCAUUUAAAGAUCCAAACUUCAUCCACUCCGGCAUUGGUGGAGCAGCAGCUGGCAAGAAGAACAGAACUUGGAAGAACCUAAAACAAAUUCUUGCUUCCGAAAGGGCAUUGCCAUGGCAACUAAAUGAUCCUAGCUAUUUUAAUAUUGAUGCUCCUCCUUCCUUUAAGCCUGCCAAGAAAUACUCGGACAUUUCAGGACUUCCGGCAAAUUACACAGAUCCCCAGAGCAAGCUGAGAUUUAGUACUAUUGAAGAAUUUGCCUAUAUUCGGAUGCUCCCUUCAGAUGUGGUUACUGGAUACCUGGCUCUAAGGAAAGCAACAAGUAUUGUUUCCUGA